AUGGCCGCCGCCCUCGCCCACCUGAUGGCCUCCGCCGCCGCCGCCCUGCCCGUCCUGGCCGCCUCGCUGCUCACCUAUGCCCUCGCCCUCGCCGUCUACCGCCUCCAUCUGCAUCCCCUGGCCAAGUUCCCGGGUCCUCGCCUCGCCGCUGUCACGUCGUGGUACGAGGGCUACUACGAAAUCGUCAAGAUUGGCCACUACUCGAGAAAAAUAUCGAAGCUGCACGACGAAUAUGGCCCUAUCGUCCGUGUCACGCCACACGAACUGCACAUCCGCGACUCCCUCUUCUUCGACGACUUCUACGCAAAGAAUCUCCACCUCGACAAAGAAGGAUGGGAUGUCCGCUUUGGCACAGAAGGCGGCGUUCUGACCACCGUGAAUGCGGCCUUCCACAAGCGUCGCCGCGCUGCACUGAGUCCCAUGUUUUCACGACGCUCGAUUCUCGACUUCAUCCACAUCAUCUACCGUCACAUCGACACCUUCUCCGUCCGCAUGCAGGAGUUCGAGGCGAGGAAAGAGCCUCUGAACCUGACGCACGCCUUUCCUGCCCUCACCGGCGACAUCAUCAUGGACUACUUCUUCGGUUUCAACUAUGCCCAGCUCAAGCACCCCGAGUUUGAAUCUUUCCACGAUGCCUUCCAGAAGAUCGGCGGCGCCGGCCAUAUCGCUACUCAGUUCCCUUUCAUGAUCCCGAUGAUGAACUCCAUCCCAGAUGCCGUCACCGAAUGGCUACAGCCCGCCGCAAAGAACAUUCUCAAGUUCAAGCGCGAUCAGUGGUCCAACAUCGGACGCACCAUGGCGGGAGACCCCGUCAAGACCAAUGACGCCAAGAAGACCGUCUUCCAGGAAAUCCUGCAAUCCAAGCUACCCGACGAGGACAAGACGCAAAAGCGCCUCGCAGAAGAAGCCCAGAUUGUUGUCGGCGGCGGCGUGGAGACCACCGCCUUCGCCCUGUGCAUAGCCUCGUUCCACAUCAUCAACACGCCCCGCAUCUACGAGCGCUUGCACGCCGAUCUCGUCGCGGCCUUUCCCAAUCGCUCCACCCUGGAACUGUAUCCUCUGGAGCAGAUGCCCUACCUGAAGGCCUGCAUCACCGAGGCCGUGCGACUGAGCUACGGUCUGAGUGCGCGAAACCCCAGGACACGGAGAACAACACCGCUGCAGUACAAAGACUGGCUGAUCCCACCCAACACCAACGUCAGCAUGACGAUCCCCGAGGUCUCGCACGACGAAUCCAUCUUCCCCAACUCCCACGCCUUCAUCCCCGAGCGCUGGCUCGACAACCCCCUCACGCCCGACGGCCUGCCGCUGGAGCGCUUCCUCGUCUGCUUCGGCAGAGGUACGCGCUCCUGUCUGGGCAUCAACCUCGCGUGGACCGAGCUGUAUCUCAUCCUCGGCAUGAUGUUCCGCCGCUACCGGUUCGAGCUGCACGAGCCGAACGUCGAGGCCGUGCAGCUUGGACACGACUUCUUCAUUCCCGUCACAAAGUUGGAUAGCAAGGGGGUCCGGGUUUUCGUCGAGAGUGUGGACCAUUAG